UUCUUGUUUGUUUCACAUUGAUUUGUUGGCAUGCUUGCCUACAAGCUCAUUUUAACAAAAAAAAGCUUCGUUUUUCCAAUUGAGAAAUCCAUCAAAAUUGUUUGAUAAUUAUUGAUUUAAUUUUUGUUUCUUAUUAAUCACCAAUUAUGAGUGGAAAGUUUUUCAAACAUCUCUCGGAUACUGAAUCCGAAACUGAAGAAUCUGAAGAAGAAGUAUUAGCACCGACAAGGGCGGCACAAGCGAAUUAUUCAUUCAGCGAUGAAGAUGAUGAUGUAAAACGUGUAGUAAGAAGUGCUAAGGAAAAACAUUAUGAAGAAUUGAAUAAAACAAUAAAAUUGAUACGAAAUCAUAAAAAAAUUAAAGAUGUAGCCAAAUUAUUGAGCGGAUUCGAAGAUCUAAUCAAAGCUUAUCAAAAAGCAAAAUCAUCGGUUAUUGAUAAAGAAGAAGGUGGUAAAGUACCUAAAUUUUAUAUAAAAUGUCUGGUUGAAUUGGACGAUUUUGUGCAGGAAAAUUGGGAAGAUCGAAAGAAUAUGAAUAAAAAUAAUUCAAAAUCAUUAACAACAUUAAGACAAAAAUUGAGAAAAUAUAAUAAAGAAUUCGAACAAGAAAUUGCCGAUUAUCGUGAAAAUCCACAAGGUGAUUAUGAAGGAAAAGAAUUGGAUGAUGAAAGUGAAUCAGAUGAUGAUGAUGCCAGUUCGCUUGAUGAACCAAAAGCUAAAGCUACUGACUUUGAACGACAAAAAACAAUCAGUACAACAUCCAAAGAUGCCAGCGAUGAUGAUGGUGUUGGUGCUGGCCAAGAUGAUGAUGAUGAAAGUGAUUGGGAUAUGUCAUCCGAUGAAGAUGAAUCAUCAUCCGAUGAUGAAGAUUAUGGGGAAAAUUUAUUGGCCAAAUUUUUGAAAAAAGAUACCGAUAAAGAUAAAGAGAUCAAAAAACGAGAAAAAAAAGUUAAAGAAAUUCGUAAGAAAAAAGGUGAUGAUGAAGAAGGCGAAUGGACAAAAGUGGAAGGUACAGCUGCACAAGAAAAACCGAAAAUGUUUGCCAAAGAUGCUGAAAUCGAUCAUCAAGUCAUGGGCAAAAAAUUGAUCGAAGUUAUGGCAAUGCGUGGUAAAAAACGUGUCGAUCGUCUGGAUCAAUUGGAUAUGUUGAAUGAAUUGCUGACAAUUUCACGACAAAAUAAUUUUGGUCCAGCAUUAGAAGUGAAAAUUUUACUUGGCCUACAAUCAGCUUUGGCUGAUUAUGGUUCAGGAAAUUCAAUGAAAUCAGAAAUUUGGAAAAAAUAUCUGCAAAAUAUGGAAACAAUCAUGGACCUUCUGGAAAAAAAUCCCGAUCUAACCGUACAGGAAACUAUUCAAGAAGAUCAAGAAUCAUUCAAAGAUCCACCGUAUUUGGUACAAGGUUGUGUGCUAACAAUGUUGGAAAAAAUGGAUGAGGAAUUUAUUCGUUUAUUGCAAAAUUGUGAUCCACAUUCACCGGAUUAUGUUGAAAAAUUAUGCGAUGAAACUCGAUUGAUUGCUAUUAUUUCUAAAGUUCGUUCAUAUUUGGAAUAUAAUAAUCGCGGAUCACCCGCCGAUUUAUGUCGAAUUUAUAUGCUCACUAUUGAUUUUCUUUACUAUAAAUUUGAUGAAAAAAUCAUUAUCAAUUCGGAAAAUGAUCAGAAGAAAAUUACAUCCAAAAUCGUUCGCCAUCCCAAAUUGAUUAUCAGUGCAACUGAAAGCUCCAAGCAACAACAACAACAAUCAUCAUCAGAUAAUAAUGAAGUACUUUUGAACAGUCAACAAUUAAUAGAUCGUCUUUGCAAAUAUAUUUAUGUUAAUGAUGAAACAGGUCGUUUUAGCAAAAUGGCUGCCCUAUCACAAGUUUAUCAUUAUGCAUUACAUGAUCGUUGGUAUGAAGCACGUGACCUUAUGAUUAUGACCGGUUUACCGACAAGUAUUCUUAGCCAUAAAUCCGAUAUUCAGCUGCAAAUUCUUUAUAAUCGUUCAUUAGUUCAACUCGGUUUAUGUGCAUUUCGUCAUGGUUUUAUUUUCGAUGCUCAUUCCUCAUUGUUGGAUAUUCUUUAUAAAGGUCGUGUGCGGGAAUUGUUGGGUCAAGGUUCGAGCAGAUCGAAUAUGAAAGCCGUAGAACGUUCACCGGAACAAGCCAAAUUGGAAAAACGUUGUCAGAUACCAUUUCAUAAGCAUAUAAAUUUGGAUCUAAUCGAAUGUGUAUAUCUUGUGUCGUCGAUGUUGUUGGAAAUUCCCGAAGUUGCUUCAAAUGAAUUUAGUGUACGAAAAAAAUUGAUCAGUCGUUCGUUUUUCAAUCAACUUCGAAAGAAUGAAGAACAACCAUUGGUUGGUGUGCCGGAAGCAAUGCGUGAACAUGUAGUGGCUGCAUCAAAAGCUAUGCGUAUCGGUAAUUGGAAACAAUGUCAGGAUUAUAUCAUCAAUGAAAAAAUGAAUGCCCGUGUUUGGAAUUUUUUCUACAAUGCCGAUAAAGUACGAACAAUGUUGGCGCAAAAGAUUCGUGAAGAAUCCUUGCGUACAUAUUUGUUUACCUAUAGUUUUGUUUAUGAUUCAAUUUCUAUCGAUACAUUGGCCCAGAUGUUUGAUUUGGAAUCGAAUAUUGUUCAUAGUAUCAUAAGCAAAAUGAUUAUCAAUGAAGAAUUGAUGGCAUCAUUGGAUGAACCAACACGUACCGUUGUUAUGCAUCGCACUGAACCAUCAAGGAUUCAAAGUUUAGCCCUACAAUUGGCCGAUAAAGUUAAUACAUUAUUGGAUUAUAAUGAACGAUUAUUAGAAUUGAAAUUAGUACCGAUGGGACAUUUCAGUCAAGGUCAAAGAUUUGAUCGUAAUUAUCAGAAUCGCCAAGGUAAUCGUCAAGGACAAAAUCGACAGAAUAGACAAAAUUAUGAUCGACAACAUUAUCGUGGUGAUCAAAAUCGUGGUAAUCGAGGAAAUCGUGGUAACCGUGGUGGCAAUCGUGGUGGGGACCGAGGUGAUCGGGGUGGUGAUCGAGGUGACCGUGGUGGUGAUCGUGGCGGUGACCGUGGUGGUGAUCGUAGAGAAAAACGAACCGACAGACAAGAAAGUCGUGAAUAAAAGGAAUUUUUUCUCUCAAUCUUUUUGCACACACAAAAACUAUUCAUAUUAUUUGUAACAGAAAUCAGAAAAAAACAUAAAAAAUUUUUUUUUUAAUUUUUUAAAAAGAAAUUUCAUUGAAUAAAAACAGA